AUGACUCGUGGUCCGAAUAUUCUCGUAACUGGUACCCCUGGCACGGGCAAGACGUCCAUGUGCCAGCAGCUUACGGAACGUUCGCAAUUCCUUUCGCAUUUGAAUGUCGGCGAUUUGGUGAAGGAACGCGGGUUACAUCGUGGUCGCGACGAAGAGUUCGACUGUUUCGUGCUGGAUGAGGAUAAAGUCUGUGAUGAGAUGGAGGACUUGAUGGCUGAAGGUGGUAAACUGGUGGACUUUCACACGUGUGACUUCUUCCCUGAGCGCUGGUUUGACCUUGUGGUCGUGCUGCGUGUGGACAAUACGACGCUGUUUGACCGGUUGCAGAAGCGUGGGUACUCGGACAAGAAAAUUGCUGAAAACGUCGAGUGUGAGAUCAUGGAAGUGGUACUGCAAGAAGCUCGUGAAAGUUACGCGCAAGAGAUUGUGCAGGAGCUACCUAGUCGAACGGUGGAGGACAUGGAUAGCAACAUUGAACGUGUGCUCAUGUGGGUGCAGCACUGGAUGACGCAGCAAGCGGAGAGCUAA